CACCCGUGCAGGGACUGAGCAUCACCUGGGCAGGAGCUGCUGGUGCUGCCUGUGGAGGAAUCCAGCUCCAUCGCUCUGGCUGCAGGAUUUGACCCGCCUUUAUUGUUCAACCUGAACGUGUAUGUGCAUGUGCCAGACAGGAGCCUCUACAGAGCUGUUUGCCAGACUCACCCAGUUACAGGAACAGAACAAACCACCCUUCCCUGCCCGCACCCUCAGCACCACCGACACAACCUGGGCACGCAGGAGGGCUGCAGACAGCGCACACGGGAAAGAGAUCCCCUACUCCGACCCCGGAUCCAACCACCUCCCUCUGGCCCUUUCCCGGCUGGGCAGCACCAGGACUCCCCGGACGAGAGGAACGUGAUCAUCCCUGUGCCAUUGCACCCCCGGCCAUGCCCUGUGCUAGGCACUGCCCAUCACACAGCCCCCGGUGAGCCGGGAAGGAGCCUGAGCCCCCUCCAGGUCGGGUGACUCCGGUCUCCAUCCACCACCAUGGACUGGAAGACGCUGCAGGCGCUGCUCAGUGGGGUCAACAAGUAUUCCACAGCCUUCGGCCGCAUCUGGCUCUCCGUGGUCUUCGUUUUCCGGGUGCUGGUGUAUGUGGUGGCUGCCGAGCGCGUGUGGGGGGACGAGCAGAAGGACUUUGACUGCAACACGCGGCAGCCCGGCUGCACCAACGUCUGCUAUGACCACUUCUUCCCCAUCUCCCACAUCCGCCUCUGGGCCCUGCAGCUCAUCUUCGUCACUUGUCCUUCCCUCCUGGUCAUCAUGCACGUGGCCUACAGGGAGGACCGCGAGAAGAAGAACCGGGAGAAGAACGGGGAGGACUGCCCCAAGCUCUACAGCAACACGGGCAAGAAGCACGGGGGGCUGUGGUGGACAUACCUGCUCAGCCUCUUCUUCAAGCUCAUCAUAGAGAUCCUGUUCCUCUACCUCCUCCACAAGAUGUGGGACAGCUUCGACUUGCCCCGGCUGGUCAAGUGCUCCAACGUGGACCCCUGCCCCAACAUUGUAGACUGCUACAUCGCUCGGCCGACCGAGAAGAGAGUCUUCACUUACUUCAUGGUCGGGGCUUCCUCCAUCUGCAUCGUCCUCACCGUCUGUGAGAUCUUCUACCUCAUCUUCAAGCGGGUUGUGCGGCGUGCGCGGCGGUGGAAGAAGUCCACCAAGCGCUCGGUCAGCUACAGCAAGGCCUCCACGUGCCGGUGCCACCUCAAGAACGAGGAUAAGGACAACAAGUCCCAGACGAGAGGAGAGGAGCUGUGAGCAAGCCCAUCCCAGCGGCCUCGCCUCCCCGUGGCCCAGAUGCUUUUCAAGCCUCCGAGUCCCUGAACCCUCAAGGUGCAAGAAACGACUGAACCCAAUGGCUGAAGUCCCCCAUGAGAGGCCCCUGUGCGGCUGAGCAGACGCAGGUAAGGCGAGGGCAGCCCUGGAGCUGGGCUGGCUGCUCACAGUGGUGCCAUGGGCUUGGACAUGACAGCAGUGACCUAAAGAGAUGCUGAGCUCAGCGCCGUGGCCAGAGCCCUCUUCAUGCGCCAAAGGAGUCACGGAGGAGCAGGGCUUGGUUGGCUCCAUUUGCCCAGUUGGCCAGUACUGGGGCAGGACACCAGGCCCCUUUGCUCAUGCAGGCACCGUGCUGGUGUCCUACCCAGAUGCCCUCGCUGGCUCUGCUGCUUCCCUCAGUGCCUUUGCAUCCCCCUCACCUUGGACAGAUGUCACACAUAGCAUGAGCUAUGGAUCCAAAAGGCCAAUAAAUGUGUUGUCUGUGGACACUGG